AUGGGAGGAUCGAAAUCUAAAGCUAUCAAAAAACAUGCCAAGGUGGCAUUUUCAGAUUCUGAACUCGAAAUUCUAGAGGUCUAUUUCGAACUAUUGAAAUGCCAUGAUUCGAUAAACGGAUAUCUGACUCAGAAAUCUAUGGUCCCAGAGUUUACUGAAAACCCUGAUUUCUCAAUCAAACUCUUUAACUGGAUGAGAGAACGCUGCAAGAAUUAGUAGAUAGAUUACAUCAAUUUUGUGAUCACAUUGGAACUCCUCUUAAAAGAAUAAUAAGAAUAUUACUUAAGUGAUUACAAAUUUAGAGUGCUUGAGAAAUUCGAGUUAUUCGCAUUGAUUAGUUUGGGUUGUUUGGAGAAUGAGAAAGAAGCAAUAAAUAGAUUUCAAGUAAGUUACUCAUAAGGAAGUACAGUGAUUAAGGAACUAUUGAAUAUGUAUUAUUUCAACAAGGAAGUUUCAAAUAGCUAAAGAAAUGACUUGGCUGCCAGAAGUGUGGCAAAUUCUAUUUUUGAUUAAAAAGCAUCAUUGCCAUUUAACUAAUUUAUUGGUUAAGCAAAAUAACAAUUAAUUUAUGCUAACAAAAUGUGCAAAUAGUAUUUUACAAAAAAAUUCAUCGACCCUCAACUUAAAUAUGGAAUUCCAGCUUUGACAUCUUCAAGUUUUAUAUUGAAUGAUCAAAUUCUUGCACUGUUAUAAAUGAGUUCACCAGACUUUAAUAGGAUUAAAUAGCUGGAUCUUAAGUUCUCAUCCUCAGUAGGUUAUGAUGAUUUAGAGCAUAUUACAGAGAUUAUAAUAGAGUCUCAAUAACCUUUGCUUUUUAUUUUUAGAAAUCGAGAAGAUGAAACAUAGAAUGAUACUUUUUAAUAAUCGAUCUUUGGUGCAUAUAUUAGUAUUGAUUAAACUAUAGAAACUCAUUUCAUAAGAAAGUAGUAGAAAGAUCCUAUGGGAAUACUCUACAAUCCAAACGAUUAGGUUUCUCUGUAUUUUGGAGAUGAGAAAAGUUUCCUCUUUUCUUUAUUGCCUAAAUAUCAAUUAUUCAUGAGUACUUUUGAUAUUAAAUCUAAAUAAUGUUUCGGAUAUAUAAAUAGCAGAGCCUUCAAUUUGAAAGUGCCUCAACCAUAUGGUCUAGGUUUUGGAGGGGAUGGCAAAGGAAAUUUUAGAAUUUGGAUUGAUGAAAACCUUAAAGGAAGUGCAACAAAUCGUAUCAACAAUUAAUGCGAUUAAACUUACGAAAUGGGUUAUUUGUUGGAGCCACACAUAGAAUUUUUAAAUUUAACCUCUAUUGAGAUUUGGGGAGCUGUCUUUGAAGAAAAGGAAACAAGACCUUCUAAUCAAAAUAAAUUCAGAAGUUGAUUUAAAAAUUGAUCUAAAAAUUAUAAAAGUUAUAUAAUGUAUCUAUGGAAAUUAUAUAAAAAAUUUCAUGAAUAAUUAACAUGCAUCUAUUUUUAAAUUUAUAAAUAU